UCCUCCCCCCCACCCUCUUCUCUCUCUAAAAACCCUUUUUCCCUCUUCCGCUUCUUCUACGAAGUUGUCGUGGUCGUCUGUCUGUCUUCUUCUUCUUCCACAUAUAAAAGUAACAGUCAGCAAACCAUUAAGCUGUGAUCGAGAAACAAAACCAUACCAUACAAUAGCAUCUCAUCUCAUCGAAUGCCAUGCACUAAUUACUUGGAAGAAACAAGUAUCACUGACUGUCUCCAUCCUCUUAACUGGAUCCAUCGACUAGUAAUCUUCCUCUCCCCUUACUUCACUUUGCUUUUGCUUGCUGUAACUUAAUUGGUCGGUCGAUGAGAAAGAAAGUAAGGAAACUGGAAAGAAGAGCAGAACAGCAGACGUGCAGAAACACAACACAUCAAAGCAAGCAAGCAAGCAAGCAAUUCUUUUUCUCCUGGGCUAAGCUAGCUCGCUAAUUGAGCAAAAGCUCAAGCUGUGAGAGAGAGAGAGCGAGAGAGAUAUUGGAGUUUGUCAGGUUAGAUUAGAAAUCUUCUUUUAAUACGUACACACAUACACAGGCAUAUACAUGCGUACAUCCAUCCAUCCAUCCAUCCAUCCAUCCUAAGUAAGUCAAUGUCAAGGUCAAUGUCAUACAAGUUAAAAGACUUUUCAAAGUCUACUUUUGGUUCCCUCUCCUUCAUCAGAAGAUUCAUGCAAUGCAUGCUUUACUGCGUCAAGAUAAACUAAAGAGCCUCACUCUGUUUAGAUUUUUCUCCAUCUUGUACUUGUAAAUCAAUCAACAUCCUUUAUACAUUACAUUACAUACCCCUCCAUACAUACAUAUCUUUUCUUUUUUUUUAAUCUCCAUAGCAUAGCAGAAACCGCUACCAACCUCAAUCUGGACAACGUGAAACCAAACCUUUCGGCAAGGAUGAUGAACUUCAACCACAACAAAUUUGUAAGGUUUCGAGAAUGGAAUUCGGAUAAAUCAUGGAGUCCCGAGCAGUCAUAUAUUCUUAAUAGCGAUGAUGGACUUCUGCGAGGAAAAAUCGGACCGGCUUUGAGUGCCCUAUGGGGAGGAACUCGAAGAGUGUUUGGUAGAGGUUCUGAAAGGAUCAAGAACCUGAGGAGACCACGUAGGCCCUCCUCUUUGCUCUAUCCAACAGUGAGAUUUUUCAGCAGCGAGAGGCGAAUUCUCCACCCCCAAGGGCCGUUCCUCCAAACCUGCAGCAAGGUCUUCCUAGUAUCUUGCUGGAUAGCUCUAGCUAUAGACCCCUUGUUCUUCUACAUCCCCGUGAUUGAUGGUCACAACAACUGCCUCGAUCUGGACAAGACUUUGGAGACCACUGCUUGCAUUCUUCGGACUUCCAUUGAUCUGUUCUACAUAUUUCACAUGUUCCUUCAGUUCCGUACCGGGUUCAUCGCCCCUUCUUCUCGGGUAUUCGGGAGAGGAGAGUUAGUUGAUGAUCCUUUGGCCAUAGCCCGGAGAUAUCUCUCCUCUUAUUUCAUCGUUGAUGUCCUUGCAAUUCUUCCACUACCCCAGACUGUGGUGUUGCUGGUGAUCCCCUUACUUGAUGGACCGGUUCCAUUGAUCACGAAGGAAACGCUUAAGUUCAUCAUCUACUCUCAAUACGUGCCAAGGAUUAUUCGGAUGUAUCCCCUGUGCAAACAAGUCACGAGAACUUCAGGAAUGCUCUUUGAAACUGCAGGGGCUGGGGCCGCCUUUAAUCUUUUCCUCUAUAUGCUUUUUGGUCACGUGGCCGGUGCAUUCUGGUACUUGUUCUCAAUUGAGCGAAAAGACACGUGCUGGCGCGAAGAUUGUCGUAGACACAACUGCAACCUUGCAUCCUUGUACUGUGGCUCGAACCAAGUGGCGAAUGAUUUUCUGAUUACUUCUUGUCCGUUAAUCCAGCCUGAUGAUAUUACAAACUCAACCGUGUUCAACUUCGGGAUCUUCAUUGAUGCUCUUCAGUCUGAUGUAGUGGAAAAGAAGGACUUCCCCAGGAAGUUCUUCUACUGCUUCUGGUGGGGCCUUCGGAACCUUAGUUCUCUGGGCCAAAACCUGAAAACAAGCACAUACGUCUGGGAAAUAGUAUUCGCUGUCGGGAUAUCAAUCUUUGGCUUGGUCUUGUUCGCACUGCUUAUCGGCAAUAUGCAGAAAUAUCUACAGUCCACGACUGUUAGAAUAGAAGAGAUGAGAGUGAAGAGGAGAGAUGCAGGGCGAUGGAUGUCUCAUCGGAUGCUUCCAGAUGGAUUAAGGAAGAGAAUCAGGCGUUACGAACAGUAUAAGUGGCAAGAGACGAGAGGUGUUGAGGAAGAAAGUCUGAUUCACAACCUCCCAAAAGAUCUUCGAAGAGAUAUAAAGCGUCAUCUUUGCCUAGAUCUACUAAUGCAAGUGCCUCUGUUUGAAAAGAUGGACGACCAACUGUUGGACGCCCUAUGUGAUCGGCUCAAGCCCGUACUAUAUACGGAAAAGAGCUCUGUCAUUCGCGAGGGUGAUCCAGUUGAUGAAAUGUUGUUUAUAAUUCGAGGGAACUCCUUGACCAUGACCACGAAUGGCGGGAGAACGGGAUUUUUCAACUCCUAUAAUCUCAAGGCAGGGGAUUUCUGUGGGGAGGAGCUGCUCACUUGGGCGUUGGAUCCGAGUUCAUCCUCGAAUCUCCCGUCCUCAACUCGAACAGUCGAGACCAUAACAGAAGUCGAAGCUUUUGCUCUCACUGCUGAGGACUUGAAGUUUGUAGCUUCUCAAUUCCGCCGCCUUCACAGCAAGCAGCUCCAGCACACCCUCAGGUUCUAUUCACAACAAUGGAGGACAUGGGCAGCCUGCUUCAUUCAAGCGGCUUGGAGGCGGCAUUGCAAGAGGAAGCAAGAAAAGGUUCUCCAGGAAGCAGAGGACUGGUUACAAGAUGCAUUGUUCAAGGAGGGCAGUAACUCGCCAAGCCUCGGCGCUGCAAUCUAUGCUUCGAGAUUUGCAGCAAACGCACUGCACGCCAUCAGGAAUGGAAGCUCUCAAAGCGGAAGAAUGCCGCAAAGACUGUCUCCUCUGCUACCUCAGAAACCCGCAGAGCCCAAUUUUGCUGCCGAUGGUGGCUACUGAGGCCUUUUAUUCAGGCCAGGGAAAAUGGAUUCCCAAGUUUUUCUUUGGAUGUGAAAAAUAAGUCCAUGUAGAUUUCCAAAAGGUUCACAAGUUAUGUACACAAUAAACAGCCACUUGUCUUCGCACGCGUUCAGUAUACUAUAAGAAUGUUAUUUAUUUA